AUGUUCCUCAGCGCGCUGUUUCUUCUCUGCGAGGCGGCGCUUGCGCAUCCGCCCCAAUCGCUCGAUUUCAGCGGUGCUUCUGUCUCCCGGCGCGCGGAUUCUAGCCUCGUCGGCUACCUGGGCGUGUUCUUCCUCGGCGCGGACCCAGAUGUCUACUUUUACUUGAGCGAGGGCAACGACCCGCUCGCGUUCUCGGCGCUGAAUGGUGGCGAGCCGGUCAUUGAGCCGACGCUGGGGACGAAAGGGGUCAGAGAUCCGGCUGUGGUGGCUGGUGGUGGAGAUGAGGCCGGCAGGAAGUGGUAUAUUGUCGGGACGGAUCUGGAUAUUUCUAAGACGACCUGGGACGCCGCGCAGCGGACCGGCUCGCGAGGCAUCUUCGUCUGGGAGAGCAGCGACCUAGUAAACUGGAGCGAAGAACGGCUGGUCGAAGUCGAAGACUCCACCGCCGGCAUGGUAUGGGCGCCGGAAGCGAUCUGGGACUCGGACAAAGGCCAAUACCUCGUGCACUGGGCCUCGGCCUUCUACGCCAGCACCGACAGCGCGCACAGCAGCACCGCCAGCGCGAUCAAGAUCCGCUACGCGCACACGUCCGACUUCCGCGCCUUCUCUGCCCCGCAGACCUACAUCGACAACGCCCCCGCCAGCACCAUCGACCUGACCUUCCUGCCCCUCGGCACCAACGCGUACGCGCGCUUCCUCAAGAACGAGACCGCCAAGACCGUCUACCAGGAAGUGUCUGCGGACGGGCUGUUUGGGACCUGGACGCGGCCCGGCGGCCCCGACGCUGUCAUUCAGACCCAGGUUGAGGGCCCGGCUGUGUACUGGGAUAAUGAGGUCGAGGGAAAGGCGCAUUUGCUGCUGGAUUAUUAUGGCGGCGAUGGGUACGCCCCAUUUGAGAGUAAGGAUGUCAAGGGUGCUGCUUGGGCGGCCAGUCAGGGCGCGGAUGCGUUUCCGCCUGGUCUGAGGCAUGGCGCUGUGCUCGGCGUGAAUCAGACCAUUUUCGAUGCGCUGAGGCAGACGUACGGUUAA